CUCAUCAUCAUCACAUAAAAUCAAAAGCAACACAUAGAAGUGUAGAACUUCAUAGUAAAUAUGGCUUCUCAUAGUUUCCUCUUUCUUUAUAUGUUAGUCACGCUUUCUCUAGUAGGCAUGGCAUUUUCGGAUUUGGACGAUGAUUUCUAUGACGAUGUCUGUCCCAAAGCUUUACCAACCAUUAAACGGGUUGUUGAGGAUGCAGUCCGAAAAGAGAAGCGAAUGGGCGCUUCUUUGCUACGUUUACAUUUUCAUGAUUGUUUCGUUAAUGGUUGCGAUGCUUCGAUUCUUCUUGAUCAAACUUCUGCUAUUGAUAGUGAAAAGACUUCUCGUGCUAAUAACAAUUCUGCUAGAGGGUUUGAGGUGAUCGAUAAAAUUAAGUCCGAGGUUGAUAAAGUUUGUGGACGUUCAGUUGUAUCUUGUGCGGACAUCUUGGCAGUGGCAGCUCGUGAUUCCGUUGUUGCUCUACAUGGACCAAGUUGGGAAGUGAAACUAGGAAGAAGAGACUCCACUACAGCAAGUAGAACAGCCGCCGACAAUAAUAUUCCAACUCCGUUGAUGGACUUACCUGCCCUUAUCAGCAACUUCAAAAACCAUGGUUUGGAUGAGGAAGAUCUUGUUGCCCUCUCCGGUGGACACACACUUGGGUUUGCUCAGUGCUUCACCUUUAGGAAUCGCAUCUACAAUGAGACUAACAUCAAUUCCACCUUUGCACGCCAACUCCAAGCCAAUUGUCCACGUAGUGGAGGUGAUUCCAAUCUUGCUACUCUUGAUCCGACUGCGGCUAUUUUUGACUCCAAAUAUUUUAGCAACUUAGUGUCCAAGAAAGGGCUUUUACAUUCUGAUCAAGCACUCGUUAGUGGAGGAAAGACCGGUGGUUUUGUUAAGGAAUAUAGUAAAAACCUAAGGACUUUCUCGAAAGAUUUUGCCAAGUCUAUGAUUAAGAUGGGUGAUAUCAAGCCAUUAACGGGGAAGCAAGGCCAAAUUCGUGUCAACUGCAGGAAGGUGAAUUAAUUAGUGCUGAUGAUGCUGUUCCGAUAUCAAGUCUUUCAAAAAUUUGGUUAUUUUCAACUGUAAAUGUAGUGUUUGCUAAUUUGGAACCUUUUUCUUUUUGUCAUUUCAUUUAUUAAUAAAAUUAAAGUCGGUUUUGAAUGGA